CGUGAGGACCAGUCCAUUCUUUGCACGUGAGUUAAAAAAAUCACAUUUGACACUUUACACUACACACUGUACAUUAUACACUAUACACUAUACACUUUACACUUUACACUAUACACUAUACACUUUACACUUUACACUAUACAGUACAUUUGAUCCUAAAAUACACCUUUUUCUCCCCUCAUUUUUCCUAGACGUCACAUAGUUGGAUGAGGGAGGGGGGAGGAGGUUUGGGCAGGGGGAUGUUGAACAGGGAACAGUAACAGUUAUGUAACCCAUUACGUAAACACACACUGUGUCCGAAAUGACAUCCUCUUCCCUAUGGGCCCUAUGGGCUCUGGUCAAAAGUAGUGCAAUGCGCAGGGGGCUCUGGUCAAAAGUAGUGCACUACAUAAGGAAUAGGGUGCCAUUUCGGUCACAGCCACAGUUAAACAAAUGAGAUACCUCUAACGUCAACAUUACCUUUUUCCAGCCUGCUACUGCUCUAUACUAACACACGGUGGUCUGUCUGGUGGGAAUUAACACUUUGGGGACAACUGUGGUGAAAAGUCUGAUUGGUUUGAUAGUAAGGCUGACAGGAAGUUCAGUGGGUAUUUUGGUGAAUCUUAGCUGACAUGCUCAUGUCAUACAGAUGUAGGAUUUUAAUUUGAGCCAGUUUGCUACAGCAGGAAAAUAAUCCUGCAGCAACAGGAAAUGUGAAUUAUUAUGUGGAUUAUAAUAAACAUUUUUGCAAGGAUUGAUACAUUUUUCGUUUAUGGCAAAUCAAGUCUGAAACGUCAAAGUGGAAAUUAGAAGCCAUUUUUCAAACUAAAAUACACUACAUUGUUUGCAUUUCCUGCUGUACAUGACAAUGCUAAGCAACAAAAUAUUGAUUAAAUUAAGAUCCUACAUCUGUAUUUUGUGGGAACCAUUAUCCAGGGAGUUGUGGGGUUAGGGGUUAGCCCUCUUCUCCUCUCUUCUCCUCUCCUUUCUACUCUCCUCCCCUCUUUCCUCUCAGAGAGACAGGAAGUGUGCCCUGUGUCCUGAUUAGAAAGAGAGAUUCGUUUUUGUUUGGGCUCCAUUUUGUUUGUUUACUCGUUGCAGAGCAAUUAUUGAGAAUCUCGCUGGGACUCUGGGAGAGAAUUGGAAUCUAUUGUCUAAUUCUAGUUACUAUAUAGGCUAGGAGUUGUCAGGUCACACAUUCAGGAACAUCUCUGGGCCCCAGUUCUAGGGGUUUUAGCUUGUCAGGUCUAAUACACAUAACACAACCCAAUACACUUCAGCACCUCUUGGCAUGGUGUUUGUCUGGUGCCUAUUUACAGUAAGCCCUACUCUACAGUAAGUCAGAGCACCUUUCCUGUCAAGCCUCCAGUGUACCCAGUAGAGGAAAUGGGAGGGUCCCUGUUUAAGUAGACUGCCGUGGAGCUCUGGGCUCCUUCUGUUCUAAACUGAUUGAUGCCAGGAUGCAGCAUUCUCUGAUCACAUUGGACUCACUUCCUGAAGUUUUUCCUGAACAAUUUUUCAGAGAAGGCUUAUUUGGAGAAGUGGGGUUUCAUUUUCCUGUUUGUUUGUUGUAGUCAGGGAGGUUGGUGAUGCAGUGGGGGUGUGGUUGGAAACAGGCAAGGUUGGAGCUAUAGGGUUUAAAAUUCUAGAAACGUUCCAAUGUUUUCCCCAUGUUUUUCCAAAAUCCCUGUUGAAAGAUUCCUGGAAUCAGUAGGGUAAAGUCAGGGAGGACAUCCUCCAACAGGGAUUUCUGAAAAACCUGGGAGCUUUAGGAAAAGUUACCAGAAUUUUUGCACCUCUAUUUGGGGCUGUGAGUCAGGUCAGCUAGGUAUAAGCUUAGUGCUGAUCAUACUCUCUAUCCAUAUAUAGGAGAAACGUACGCUACAGGGAAUGUCAUGUAUGACAUGCUCAUAGUGUGUAUGAAAUUACACUGAUGUAUUAUAAAAACACAUGAGCCAGGGACUGACUGUAUUGUCUCUAUAGUAGACAGGGGUUUGACCUGGUGAUGAUAGCAUUACUUUGUAAAGUAUAUUGAUAAACAUGACAUAGCACAUGUCAUAACACGUCAUGGCAUACAUAGCCAACGUAGCAUCUUAAUUUGAUCACCCUGUUGCAGGAUAACUUUCCUGCAAUGCAGGACAUUUAAAAGUUGUAGUGUAUUUGAGGUUUAAAAAGGCUUCUGAAGUUUGUAAUUUACACUUAGAAAUGUCAGACUUGAUGUUCCCUUACGAAAAAUGUAUCAACCCCUACAAAAAUGUCCAUUAAUUAUAAUCCACAUAAUAAUUCACAUUUCCUGUUGAGCUGGAGUAUUUUCCUGCUGUAGCAAACUGGCUCAAAUUAAGAUCCUACAUCUGUAUGGCGGUAAACAAUGUACUGUACCAUCAUCUUUUGAAGUCGGGAGUCUUUGAUUUUAAUUUCUGCAUUUGUUAUGACAAUGUAAUAGCAUUUAUAUGAUGACGCUGUUUAUAACAGGAUUGCAUAGGCUUUGUGACAGACUCCUCUUAUAAAUGGUUAGUUUUAUAAGAUGCAUUUCACAUAAAAGUUGGAACAUAGACAAAACAUGAACUAAUGGACUGCUGUUAGGGUGUGGUAUGUUGACAAUAUCGUGUUCUACACAGACACACACUGCAGUGUCCUAUUACAUUGAUGAAUUUCUCCUCACAAUCCUUAGUUACAACCAAAAGAAGAAUGCAUAGGAAGGAGCCACAUAGCUGACUAAAUCCUUGCUUGGGGUCUUGACAUCUCAUUUAUAUGGAUCAUCUCUUUCUCUUUAAGAAUUAGAGUGUAGGAAGAGACCUAGCAUCAUUUCCAAAAGUGAACCAGACCUGGGUUCAAAUACUAUUCAAACUCUUUCAAAUACUUUGAGCGGUUGCUCUAGCCUGCCCAGAGUGCCAGAUGGGCGGGGGUUUACUGUUUUGGGACUAUUCUAUUUUGUCCAAUAAGCCAGGCAAGCUCAAUCAAGCACAGACAAAGUAUUUUAAAUGAUUUUGAAUAGUAUUUGAACCCAGGUCUGGAAUGAACAUGGCCACCCAUCCUAUUCCAAAGCCCAGGAUGCUGACCAGCGAUCCAGACCAGUGAUCCACGGUGGCCACCCUGACCCUGGGAUGGUUUAAGACGUAAACUGUGUUAGAAGAGGAAUCCCCUCACUUAGAUAUACAGAAUGUGAGGUCUCUGUCUCAGAGCCUAUAGGUCUCUCAGAGGCUAUAUCCAGGGAUGAUGGAGUUCUGUGUUUUUACAAUGUGUUGAGGCCUUGGUAGUGUUGUUCUAGACCUGGUGUGAGGAGUGACGCUGUAAGAGGUGAGCUGAGGCCUGUAUGUGUUGAUGCAUAGAGUUAGUGUAGUGUAAUUUUAGGUUUUUGUAUGAAGUUAGUGUUGGGCCUGAUGAGAGUUUUGGUGUGUUGUAUUUCGGUGAGGUAUGAAUGUUGUGACAGAAUUUGAUGAUAACAUUCAUAAGGGAUGUAGGUCUUCGUGGGAGUGUAGUGUGCUUUCAGGCCUGAUGUUCAGUAUUUGCUGUAGUAUGAGGUUAACACCUUGUAUAGUGUGAGUGAUAUAGUGUGAGUUGAGGUCCUGUGGAUGAGUUACAUGAAGGAUCUUAAUUUGAUCACACUUUUGUUGCUGAGAAUUUUCCAUCACCUCAAGAAAUGCAGAUGAGCUUCGUAAUUUACAUAAAUUCACUGAAAACCCACACUAACACAAGGUUAUAUUAACAAUAUUGCACUUUUCAUGUAGCCUACUUUUGGCCAGCUAAUAGCAUAACCACCAAUCAAGCAACAUUGUGGACUAAACGUUCAAAUUAUUAUUUUACUGUGACAAUAUAGUUCAAAUUAAGAACUUACAUCUUUAUGGUGGAUAAUGGAUAGAUUCCUGGCCGCCCAGCUGGCCCCAUGACAGACAUCCUCUGGUGGAUCAAACAAACACCUCUCCUUUUAUGGAGUUGUUAGAGCCAGCUGGACGCUAGGCUGGGAUCAUUCAGACAGCAGCAUUGCGUUUGGCGUCUCCAGCAUUUAGAGAUCAAAGGUCAAUAAAUACCCUCCCUCAUCCUUCUGUAGUUUCCUACCUCUGUUAAAUAUGUCCAAUACCCACCCUUGGCCUUCUGGUUUAGAGCUGUAGGAUAUGUCUUAUACAUGUGUACCCUGCUUCCUUAAGCCUCAAAAACACCUGGAUUAGGAAUGCUGUUUUACCUGGAUCUGCCUUCAGUGUACAUGGAUCUUUCCAGGUUAUCAGACCUUUCUUUGGACCCACUGAUCCAGUAGUGGGUCAGUCUGACCCUUUAGUUUCCUUUUAUUAUGGUAUAAAGCAGUAGGGUAGGGCUAAUUAUUUGUUAGAGAGACACACACACACACACACACACACACACACACACAUUCACACAGGAAAAGGUUGGAUGGCAUUACAUUAUUUUGGACAAUAAAAAUAACAUUGUGCUUGGGAGUUGAUGUUGUUAUUUCACUCAGUCACUCACGUGGUUCACGUUUCAAUUAAAGUGAGUUAUUGAACUGUGAACAACCUGUCACCUCUCUCGCUCUCGCUCUCGCUCUCGCUCUCGCUCUCGCUCUCGCUCUCGCUCUCGCUCUCGCUCUCUCUCUCUCUCUCUGUUCCCCCUGUUCCCCUCUCCAGUGGGGAGUCUGGUGCGGGGAAGACAGAGAACACCAAGAAGGUCAUCCAGUACCUUGCUCUAGUGGCCUCCUCCCACAAAGGCAAGAAGGACACCAGUGCUGUAAGUAUACUGCAAAUUACAAAGGUUUUUUGUAUAGUUUUUGUCAUUGUGCCGUCAAUGCCAAGUGGCCAUUGUGUGUCAAAAGUGGGGACCUACCCAAGCCGGUUUCCAUGCUCUAAGGGAGACUUGGCCAGUGUGUGAGGAAACUGCCUGGUUGAAUGAUAAUUCUGUACCGCAAUUUCCUCCAAAUAGACACAACCAGGAGCAUUUGUCCACGUGAGUAAAAAAGGGAAUGCCCCAAGUGUGUUUUGUGUGUGGUGGUGUGUGCGUGUUUUCUCCUUGAAAAAAGGAUUGCAUGCGAGAGUGGCUCACUGACUGAGUUUUCUUUUUUGGUAAAAAUACCUCAAAUAUUUCUGACAAGAUCCCACUGCUAUCAAGUACCUCAUCUCCUUUGUUGUUGAGCUCAAAAUAGGACAUUUAAAAUGUACCAUAACAUGAGCAAUAUCAUCCCAUAUCCCCAUUGUAUAACAGUGCGCUCAUAACUGUCCAAUACUACCAUGGACCUAACAACUAAAAACUGCAUGACAGUGAUUUGUUAAGUUGACAUGCAGCCCUCUCCUCCAAAUACAAAAUGGUAGAUCAUAUGUCAGAUUAUUGACUUUAUAUUCCCCCUGAGAUUGGUUGUUAUUGUUAUGUCGUCCAUGGUUUUCCAAAAACACUCUUUCACUGCCUGGGGUUGGAGCCCGGCAUUGAAACGUUUAACCACCAUCACAGAUCAACAGAGCACAGUGUGAGCAUGCCCAUCUACCUUUUCCUGUCUAUUAAACAACAUCAUAUUAUGUCACCGAACCCCCCUACCCUCCUGCCAUUUUGCCCUGUGGGCGUUGUGGCAGCGUCUUGCUCCUCCGUAGCGUUACACAGUAGUUGUUCCACCACUUUUGAUGACUUGCACCAGUGUGGAGUUUUUGAGACACCAUGUGACCUACCCAUGACCUUGUGACCUCUGACCUUUUCAUCACAACAACCAGCUCUCUUUCUCUCUCUUAGCCCCUGAUUAAAAAAACAUUAAUUUUCAGACAGCUCUCUCCUGUCGGAAUCACGCCUGAGUGAGAUUCAAAUAGUUGGGGGUGGAGGGGAGAGGGGGGAGGGGAAGUAAUAGUCAUCAUUGUACAGCAAUGAAGGGAUUAACUUCCAGGUCAAGGGUCAAAAUAUGUGUUUUUCUUUGCCAUUACCCCUCAAGACCUUGACGCCUCAGGGAUCGUUCCUCAGGAGAUGCAGCGAAGCCCCGUCAUAAUUUCAAUGUCCAGCCUACUCUACUACCCACUGGGCACACACAGGUUGAAUCAAUGCUGUUUCCACGUCAUUUCAAUGAAAUUACAUUGAACCAAUGUGGAAUAGACGUUGAAUUGACGUCUGUGCCCAGUGGGUACUUAGUAUGAAGUGAUGUAUUGGCCAUGCAAUUUAAUUAGUAUGCUAGUGUGGAGAUGAAAAUGUAAUUCAUUUUUUAGAAGCCUACCACCAGCGGUGAACUUAAUAUGCCUGAUUUAGAACUAGAAUGUGUCUCUCUCUUCUCCUCCCACAGCAUUGUCCUUCCUCCUCUCCUCCUUUAUCUCUCAAUUUCAACAGCCUGUUAAAGACUGAUCCUUCCUGUCAUCUGUCAUUUCCCCUUGCAGUUUCAUUUUUUGUCUCUUUCUCUUGGGGACUGUCUGAAGCAAGCAGGACCUUAUUUUCCCUGCUGAAAUGUAAAGGAUCUGGUUGCUACUCUCUUUUCACUCAAAUAACAGUAACUCAUUCUGUUUCAAAUCCAUUAACUUGGGUGAGGUUUAUCUUUAUUUGACUGGUAUUCUGCUGGGGAUUUGUCAAUAAGAAGAUUAGGUUGAUGAGUCUGUGUUAGUGUUAUCAUCAAAUAGUUUUCUCAUAGACCUAGAUCUGAAAGGCAUGUGACUGACAAAAGUGUUCACAGACACCUCUGAACUCCAGUUAAAUCAUUUACCUUAUUUACCUUAAUUUGCCCUGUGGUUUUGCACAACAUUGUCCUGGUUUCAACUCUCCAGUCUAAAAACCCUCAUUGACAAAACAGGUGUAAGGACCACAACAAGCUAUCAUUCUCGGAUAAACCAUCAACCCCCCUACCCCCCCACAAGCCAGAGGAGCCUUGUUAAGUGUGUUUGUGUGUGUUUGUGCGCACGCGCGCAUUCCCGUGCGUGUGUGUGUGUGUGUGUGUGUGUGUGUUCGACAGAAGUAUGUCUGCCUCUGACCCGGCCGGUAAGCUAGCGCAGGCCCUUUGAUCAAACUGCAUAGAGCUAGCUACAACAAUGGGGUACCUGGCUCUGUUACAGUACACACACACACACACACACACACACUGGACUGGGUGCAUUCCAGAAUCACAGAUCCUAUGUAGGUCCUGCACAGAUUAUCAGAUCUGUACAAAGCCUAGAGAAAUGUAAAAUAUUUGAUUUGUAGGAAGCACCUCUCUCUAGAAAUAACAUUCCUGUCAUCUCUGCGGACCUGGAACACACCCGCUGCCUACCUACUAACCCAUACACAUAUACCCACCCUCUGCUCUGGCCCCUCUCCAGACCAGCAACACUCUGAAUCUACCACCUCCAGCCACUCCCUCUUCACAUCCUUCCCCUGUCCCAGCCAGCAAACACUCUACUGGGCCUCAUUUUAACAAUCAGGCCCUAGUUGUCUCAGUUUGAGGCAGAUUAGUAGUGAAAUAAGUCAUGUUGGUAGGACGUGUCCUCAGUGCAUAGAGACUAAUAGGGGAUUAGAUGUUCUGGAGUAGUGGGUGCUGCCCACUCAGUUAUAAUGAUAUUAGGCCCAGGCACAGUAUAGAUAUACACAGUGUAGAGAUGAUAUAGGAGUCUAAACUGUUGAAAACAACUGUGUUUGUUGUUUUAGGAUCUAUUUCUUUCUGUUCUUUCUAUCUUUAGAAAAUGUUCUUUUUUCAAUGGACUUUUGUAGGGCUUGUGCUGUUGUUCCAGCCUUCAUUUUACUAUUCUAUUCACAAAUGAAUAAUGUCACAGAUUUAGUUUAAUGUUUGUCAUGAUGAUGUUAUCUCCAGGGGGAGCUGGAAAAGCAGCUUCUGCAGGCUAACCCCAUCCUGGAGGCCUUCGGAAACGCCAAGACCAUCAAAAAUGACAACUCUUCACGAUUUGUGAGUUUACCUUUCGCAGAUGCAGACACGUAGGCCUAAAGUAUUUAAGUGGGUCACAGAGUAGUGUCCACUUUUCAUUAAUCAAUUCAUUGAUUAAAAAUAUUUAUUAAUGUCAUUUGUAUAAUGACCCAUAUCUUUUUGUGUUACAUUCAUUUGACAGCUGGAUGUAUACUCUACCACAUUGUGUAACAUAUGACCUACUGUAAUCCUGGUGUACCUGUUCCCUUUAGGGUAAAUUCAUCCGCAUCAACUUUGACGUGACUGGCUACAUCGUCGGAGCCAACAUUGAAACCUGUAUCCUUACACAGUGUUACAUAACUCUAAACUGGGGGAUCCAGGUUCAGAAAAGCUGUUUUUGUGUUCACUACCCUGGGAAAACAGCUACAGUAUCUCCUGUGACUCCUGUGUUUGAACAGUAAACAUGAACCCAGGCCCAAACCUGCGGUAUUGUACUGUUGACACAUUCCUGUGAGAAGUGUCAUGGGUUCUCCUGUGACCGACGGUAAACACUGGGGAGGUCGUUGGCACCUGCACAGUGACAGUCUAACAAAUGUUGUCACUCCAAUAGGUCUGGAAUGGAAUGAUGAGAUAAGAAAUGUUUAGGUUGGAAUGAUGUAUUUGGGUCAUGUUGUUUAAAGAUGUUUUGGUGCAGAGCCCUAUUUGUAAAGGUGCAUACAUACUGUAGUCACAAGUUGCUGAACCGUCCAUGUUAUCACAUACAGGUUGCCAAGAACGGAUCAGAAAUUGUGACAGCGGUGAGAUAAUGAAGCUCCAGUGUUGGCGGAAUCAUCUAAUAUAAUGUAUAUUCUGUGUAUAGUUCACCAUGUGUAUUCACUGUAAGAUAAACAAGUAGACAAGCUUGGUUGUAAAUAAGUUUCUUUGGAAUGUUUUCCUCUCAAGCAUUAACUUGAAACUCCAUCCAAAGCAUUAGAAUGUAUAUCCUUAACGGCUGUUUUCAGACCUGCUGGAGAAGUCUCGUUGUAUCAGACAGGCCAAGACAGAGAGAGCCUUCCACAUCUUCUACUACAUGGUGGCUGGGGUCAAGGACAAGCUACGCGGUAAGAUCUGGGUUGUGUUCCAAACAACAUCCUAUUCUCUAUGUAGUGCGUUACAUUUGACCAGGGUCCAUAGGGCUCUGGUCAAAAGUAGUGGACUCUGUAGGGAAUAGGGUGCCAUUUGGGAUGUAGAUCUGGGUUCCUGAUCAACAUGAUUGUCAUGGUGGAGGAGAGAUUUAAUCUGUAAUGCAGGACAGGCAGUUGUGGAAGUCCCCCUUUUCAUCUCAUCGACCCCAGACAACCAGAAGCAGAAUCAUUCUGUACACGAUCAAAUACAAUUAUUUCUAGAUUUGCACACGAUUGAACAGAGCUCGAAUUUCUAGAACGCUCCACUCCAUCAAUGAAAACCCUGAACUGUUGGUCUUCCAGAGGCGCUCCUGUACAUGAUUGAACGUAGAGCUUGAAUUUCUAUAACUGUCUGCACUCAUCAUUGAACACACUGAAUCUUUGUCAUUCCAGAGGAGCUUCUGCUGGAGAACUUCAGCGCCUACCGUUUCCUGAUUGCGGGCCACGUCUCGAUCUCGGGCCAGCAGGACGACGAGAUGUACGAGGAGACCAUGGAGGCCAUGAGCAUCAUGGGUAUCACUGAGGAAGAGAGGACAGGUACUGUAUCAAUCAAUUAAUUUGUCAAUCCAUCAAUUCAACAAAUCACCACAAAAAGUCCUGCAUGUGGCCAUGAACAUCAUGGGCCUCACCAAGGACAAGAGGAUAGGUAGUUUAUCAAUCAAUCAACCAACCAACCAAUCAAUCAACCUAUUCAUGAAUUGAAUCAACUCAUCAAUUAAUUGAUCAAUCAAUCAAUUAUUCAGUCACCAUAACAAGUCCUGCAUGAGACCAUGGAUAGCAUGGGCCUCACUGAGGAUGAAGGGAUAGAUAUGCUACAGUACAGGGCCAUUCUAUUCAAUCACCACCACAACAAACUCUUCAUUACUAGGGCAGUUACACUAUACUGUAUAUAUUAUAUGAAAUAACUUUCAGGAACAACCAGGCUAUGACUUGGGUCUAGAGUUUUUUCUUCUAGAUCACAUGGUUAGGAUAACCCCCUGGCCCUACAUCAGCACGUCAAAUACAUUAGACACAGGACAGUAGGUGGGCAGAUCUUAGAUAGCUAAUGGUGACUGACUAGCUAGGCUGACAAGGCAAAGAAUAUGGCAUGUCAUGGCGGCCAUUUUGAUUUGUCCCUGUACUUACUGUAAUUGACCUGUGCUGUCUGUGUCCUCUAGGCAUCCUGAAGGUGUGCUCCACAGUGCUGCAGUUGGGAAACAUAGAGUUCAAGAAGGAGAGGAACCAGGAGCAGGCCACCAUGCCCGACAACACAGGUUAGAGAAGGACAUCAGAUGGCAGAUAGUGAACAAGUUUUGUAUAUGUUAUGUUGUUAUUUGACAUGGUAUGUAGUAUGUUAUUAAUGUGUAGGACAAUAUCACAUUUACUUUCUUUCUGAAAUGGGUCUUUGUUUCUAACCCCUCCAGCGGCUCAGAAGGUGUGCCACCUCCAGGGCAUCAACGUGGUAGACUUCACCAGAGCCAUCCUCACGCCUCGCAUCAAAGUGGGCAGAGAGGUGGUGCAGAAGGCCCAGACCAAAGAGCAGGUACAUGUUGCUUUGGCAGGCUGAAAUUCAGACAGUCCUGCUCGCCUGUUUCCCAGACUCAGAUUUGAUCUCCUGGACUAAAAAACAUAUUCAUAGGAGAAUCUCCACUAAAAGUGCUUUUUGGUCCAGGAAUAGGCCCUACUGCUGGGCGGAAUUUGAGACUGUUUUAAACUAUGUUUAGUUUUCAGUUAUCCAUAUUUUAUACAAUAUCCCUGUGUUUCUGUUUCCUCCAGGCUGACUUUGCCAUCGAGGCCUUGGCCAAGGCUAUGUACGAGCGUCUUUUCCGCUGGCUGCUGGCUAGGGUCAACAAGGCUCUGGACAAGACCAAACGCCAGGGAGCAUCCUUCUUGGGCAUCCUCGACAUCGCUGGCUUUGAGAUCUUUGAGGUGAGUGAGGGGAUUUAUAUGAUUGCAUGGAAGGAUUCAUAGGAUUGUAUGUACGGUAUCUUGGAUAAGACUUGGGCUACAUGCUAUAUGUAAAAGUUGAGCUAUUAAGAUGAAGGGAAAGACUUGGGGGCCUAGCACACAACCCUGUGGCACACCAAACUGUCUUUAGUGAAAAUGCAUGUUUUUUCCCCUUCUUCUCUCCCUUCUCUUGCAGGAUAACUCCUUUGAGCAGCUGUGCAUCAACUAUACAAACGAGAAGCUGCAGCAGCUGUUCAACCACACCAUGUUCGUCCUGGAGCAGGAAGAGUACCAGAGGGAGGGCAUCGAGUGGAGCUUCAUCGACUUCGGCCUGGACCUGCAGCCUUGCAUUGAGCUCAUUGAGAGGCCGGUGAGUGGGGAGACUGUAAAAAACACUCUUUAGGUGUAAAAUGUAUACAUUCAAGACAUUAAAUAGAUACAGAUUAAGCCUAGUCCUUGACUAAAUAGCAUUCUCAACGUAGAUUAUACAUUGAAAGAGUUCAGGUCUAGGCUUAAUCUGUGUCCUGGAAACCUUUCCUAGAUAUAGUACAUUAAGAAACCAGGAAAAUAUUUAUUUGAGUUAUGUUUUCUCCACAGAACAAUCCUCCUGGUAUUCUGGCCCUGCUGGAUGAGGAGUGCUGGUUCCCCAAAGCCACAGACGUCUCCUUCGUGGAGAAACUCAUGAACACCCAGGCCAGCCACAUGAAGUUCAGCAAACCCAAACAGCUGAAGAGCAAGACUGAGUUCUCCGUGCACCACUAUGCUGGAAAGGUGUGUAUCUAGCUUCUUUGUGGUGCUGUGUGGCUCAGUAAGAGGGUAAGAGGGACAAGAUUGUGGGUUCAAUUCCCACAGGGAUCACAUACAAAUACAAUAAAUGUGUGGUGUUUUGCCUGUAGGUGGACUACAAUGCUGAUAAUUGGUUGACAAAGAACAUGGACCCUCUCAACGACAACGUCACAGCACUGCUUAACAGCUCCUCCAACACGUUUAUCCAGGAGCUCUGGAAAGAUGGUAAGUCCCCCUGGACUCCAGUUAGUAGUUGCUUUUUUAGCAUAGAGAUGGAGUCUCAAGAUGGAUGCACAUACCCUUUAAUUUUGUGUGACUAUCUCUGAUUGAAAAUAUUGCCUCCUAAGCGUGGUAACCAGAUCUAUUCCAGCAUUAGCCAACUCGUGUCAUGUUUGGCAUACAGGCUACCAGGCUAUGAGACUGCCAGUGUCCUAACCUAACCCAACCCAAAUCCUAAAACAAACACCCCUCCCUGUCAUAAUGUGCCUCAGCGGACCGCGUGGUGGGCCUGGAGACCAUGGCCAAGAUGUCCGACAGCUCCAUGCCCAGCGGCUCCAAGACCAAGAAGGGAAUGUUCCGGACCGUGGGUCAGCUCUACAAGGAGUCCCUGGCCAAGCUCAUGACCACGCUGCACAACACCCAGCCCAACUUCGUCAGAUGUAUCAUCCCUAACCACGAGAAGAGGGUAGGCACCAGGCAUAGACAUUAUUCACACUGUGGCCAUUGUUCAGUAGAACGUUCAGCUGUGACUAAGGUCUAUUAGGCUGCAAGGCGAGGGAGGUUCCCUUCACCCUGUUGCCAGUGUUUAAGUGGAGUGGAGAAACCCACUUGAUUCAAUUUUAAUUAUAUUUGAUUCAAUUCAAGCCUACCUCAAUUCACUACUAUUGUUUCCCUUGUAGGGGCAUUCCUUUUGAAGUGUAGUUGUUUGUUGAUGCAGAGGAGAGGUGCAAGCAACUCCCUCUAUAAAAUUGUAAAACAUACCAUAUUAGAUUAGCGGCAAGACGUCCUGUUUGUCUGAUAAAGGCAAUUUAGGACAUUUGAAUGGAAUUCAGUGUUUCCCCCCCCCAGUUGUGAAGGAGUGUUAAGUAUUUUGUUCUCCAACUGCAUUUUCUAAGUUUUCACUUUCUACCGUAACCUUUUUAGAACAAAUCUAAAGAAUAACUUUACAUACUUAUUUCUAUUCGUAAGGUAAGGAGCCGUAAAUAAUCUCGCCCUUACUUUAGUGUUUGCUGUGCUUGUGUGUUUGUAACAAAUUGACGAUGUUUGUAUACAAUAUGUAAAGAAAAUGUAAUCAUAUCCAUUGAUCCUAUGCCCUGAUCCUAUAUCCUGAUCCGUUGUCCUCAGGCGGGGAAGCUGGACGCCCAUCUGGUCUUGGAGCAGCUGAAGUGCAAUGGUGUGUUGGAGGGCAUCCGUAUCUGCCGGCAGGGAUUCCCCAACCGGAUCCUCUUCCAGGAGUUCCGGCAGCGGUGAGUAGACUUGAAUGGAAGAAUCUGUUGCCUUGGCCUGGUUAAACCAGACUGGACACUGUCACUCACCAUGGUUUCAGCAUUCAGUCUGGUUUAACCAGACUAUACUAUUGCCUAUCCAGUGCAUUCAACAUCGAAAUGUAUCACACAUAGCCUGUGGUAAACAUUUCUCUUAAAUCAGACUUUCUCUCUGUCUCAAUAUUUUCACUCUACAGUUACGAGAUCCUGGCAGCUAGCGCUAUCCCCAAGGGAUUCAUGGAUGGCAAACAGGCGUGUGGUCUCAUGGUAAGAAAGUGGAGCAAUUUCCAAACCCUAGCAUCAGGACUUUCAUAAUAUCAAGUCCAGCAAUAGAAAAACAGCCUUACAUAUUCUCUUCUCUGAAAUUCUACCAAGACACCAAGUACCAAGAUAGAAACCAGGUUGGUAGAACUCUACUAAGAUACCAACUCUGCCACAUACCAAGCUACACUGAACCGAAAUAUUAACGCAACAUGUAAAUUGUUGGUCCCAUGUUUCAUGAGCUGAAAUAAAAGAUCCCGGGACGGGACGACAUGUCCCCAGUGAAAGCUGCGCCCCAGGAUCAUUACACAGGUGCACCUUGUGCUGGGGACAAUAAAAGGCCACUCUAAAAUGUGCAGUUUUGUCACACAACACAAUGCCAAAGAUGUCUGAAGUUUUUAGGGAGCGUGCUAUUGGCAUGUUGACUGCAGGAAUGUCCAGCAGAGCUAUUUCCAGAGAAUUGAAUGUUCUGAAACAAAUCCAAAAAUGUCCCAGUUCUUCCAUGGCCUGCAUACUCACCAGACAUGUCACCCAUUGAGCAUGUUUGGGAUGCUCUGGAUCGAUGUGUACGACAGCGUUUUCGAGGUUCCCGCCAAUAUCCGGGAACUUUGCACAGCUAUUGAAGAGGAGUGAGACAACAUUCCACAGGCCACAAUCAACAGCCUGAUUAUCUCUAUGCGAAGGAGAUGUGUCUCACUGCAUGAGGCAAAUGGUGGUCACACCAGAUACUGACUGGUUUUCUAAUCCACGCCCCUACCUUUUUUUAAAGGUAUCUGUGACCAACAGAUGCAUAUCUGUAUUCCCAGUCAUGUAAAAUCCAUAGAUUAGGUUCUAAUGAAUUUAUAUCAAUUGACUGAUUUCCUUAUAUGAAAUGUAAUGCAGUAAAAUCUUUGAAAUUGUUGCAUGUUGCGUUUAUAUUUUUGUUCAGUAUACAUCAUCACUUCCCCUUUUCUCACAUUCCCUUCCUGCCUCAUUUCCUGGUUCUGUAGAUUAAGCACCUGGAUCUGGACCCCAACCUGUACCGGAUUGGUCAGAGUAAGGUCUUCUUCCGUACUGGCGUGUUGGCCCAGCUGGAGGAGGAGAGAGAUCUGAAGAUUACGGUGGUCAUUAUCGCCUUCCAGUCCCAGGCUAGAGGUUUCCUGGCCAGAAAGUGAGCAAUGGCCUCAGAGUGUUGACACUGCUUUAAUACAAUAAAGCCUUCAGUCUAUGUAUCAAUCAAUCAAUCACAUUUUAUUUAUAAAGCCCUUUUUAAAUCAGCAGAUGUCACAAAGUGCUAUACAGAAACCCAGCCUAAAACCCCAAACAGCAAACAAUGCAGAUGUAGAAGCACGGUGGCUAGGAAAAACUCCCUAGAAAGGCAGAACCAGGCUCUGAGGGGUGGCCAGUCCCCUUCUGGCUGUGCCGUGUGGAGAUUAUAACAGUACAUGGCCAUUAAGGCCAGAUUUCUCUCCAAGAUGUUCAAACGUUAAUAGAUGACCAGCAGGGUCAAAUAAUAAUCACAAUGGUUGUAGAGGUUGCAACAGGUCAGUACAUCAGGAGUAAAUGUCACUUGGCUUUUCAUAGCCGGGCAUUUAGAGGUUGAAAUAGCAGGUGCAAUUCUACCCAGCUAACAAAAUGAUGUCCUGGGAACGUCCCCUAAAUGUUAGCGUAUGUCCAGGGGACGUCGCAAUUUAACGUUCCCAGGACAGACGUUUGUUCUAUUUUUCUGACAGUUCUGGUUCUGAAAGUGCCACUAUGUAUGCUGUUAUUUCCACAGUCCACAAUUGAAACUGAAUCAGUGAAAAUGGCUUUUAUGAGCCAAUAAAUGCUACAUUACAGUGGUCAAUGUUGGUUCCGCUCCUAUGUUCUAACAGGGCCUUCGCUAAGAGACAGCAGCAACUGAUGGCCAUGAAGGUGAUCCAGAGGAACUGUGCUGCCUACCUCAAACUCAGGAACUGGCAGUGGUGGAGACUCUUCACCAAGGUAGAGUUUCAACAACAUUAACUAAUCAACUCACUCCAUUAAUUGAUGUCUGUCCUAGUUACAAAGGAAAUCAUAUUUUGACUUUGGUGGCGGAUGCAGUGUUGACCAAGUCAUGUCGUCCUGACUUGCAGGUCAAGCCUCUGUUGCAAGUGACCCGCCAGGAGGAGGAGAUGGGCCUGAAGGACGAGGAGUUGCAGAGGGCCAAGGAGUCUGCAGUGAAGUACGAGUCAGAGCUGAAGGAGAUCACCCUGAAACACACAACGGUAUGUAUGGGGGACCAAUCGCCACGAACACCCCAGUCUAUGUGCUUUCCACAAUAUUUGUAGGGAUUGUGUUGCCAUUGUUCAGAUAUUCUUUUGAAUUAAAUUACUAUUGUAACCCUUUUCACCCCUUUCAUUGCCUCGUAAUUUAAACCAUCACAUUUACAUAAGAAGUGUUUUGAGAUAAAAACAUUAACACUCAAGAAAGUUUGGUACCCCAGGGUUGUGUGCUGGGCCCCCUACACUUUUCUUUCUAUUAAGCUCUCUUUGCUUUUUCUCUGGCUCCUCUACUAUCCAGAUUGUGGAGGAGAGGAACGCGCUGCAGGAGCAGCUGCAGGCUGAGACCGAGCUGUUUGCAGAGGCGGAGGAGAUGAGGGUGCGUCUGGCCGCUAAGAAGCAGGAGCUGGAGGAGAUCCUCCAUGAGAUGGAGGCCAGGUUGGAAGAGGAGGAGGACCGCGCUCAGGCCCUGCAGGUGGACAAGAAGAAGAUGCAGCAACAGAUGCAGGUUUGUUUGAGCUUUUUUUUCCUUCUAUGUCUUUCACCUUGACUUUGUAUUUUGGGUUUUUAGUUUGGGGUGUGUGUUGCUUAAGCUUGUGCCAGUCAUGUUAAGUCAUGGUGGUAGCCUAGAGGUUAGAGGGUUGCUGGUUUGAAUCCUAAGUCUGGCAGUUCUUCUUGGUUUGUUUUUAGGACCUGGAGGAGCAUCUGGAGGAGGAGGAGGAUGCCCGUCAGAAGCUGCAGCUGGAGAAGGUAGCUUGUGAAGGCAAGAUCAAGAAGUUAGAGGACGAUGUCUUAGUGAUGGAGGACCACAACACCAAACUGUUAAAGGUCAGUACCAUGUCUCAGGCAUCAUAUGAGAUGCAUUGUCAAGGCUAUGGGCCAUUUAAAGGAAACAUUUGUGUGUUUUCAUCUAUCAAGAGAGACUAAUGGCUCAAUUACAGUAUCAUGUCUCAAGCAUCAUAGAAGAAGCAUUGUCAAGUCUCUGGGCCCAUGAGUCCAUUGGAGAUUUGAUAAUGACAGUUGAUCUUUGCCAUUUGUCCACUCAAUCAGCGUUUGAUGAAAGCAGGGGUAUGACGUUGAGGAUUUACCCUGUUUGUUUACCUGUUUGCCAUGUUUACCCUGUUUUAGGAGAGGAAAUUAAUGGAGGAGAGGCUAGCAGAUUUCAGCUCCAACCUGGCAGAGGAGGAAGAGAAGUCCAAAAACCUGACCAAGCUCAAGAACAAACACGAGUCGAUGAUCUCUGAACUUGAGGGUUCGUAUCCAUCUUUUAGCCCAUCCAGACAUCAAAUAAACCACUCUCAAUGGAUACCACACCUAUUCAGUUAUCAAGCAACAAUGCACAUCUUUGUCCAUACAAAUAGUGGCUUUGAGGGUUUUCCUGACCAUGUGACCUGACCAGGAAAAACUCCUGGCCAUAUCCAUACAGUAGCAUCCUAUAUCGUAACCAAUCCGUGUCGUCCUUUAGUUCGUCUGAAUAACUUAUUGAAGCUAUUCAGCCACUACACACAUCUUCAUCCAUAGAGUAACAUCCUCUAUCUUCCUCUAUCUUUUGUCCUCUAGUCCGUCUGAAGAAGGAGGAGAAGGGUCGGCAGGAGCUGGACAAAGCAAAGCGUAAGCUGGAGGCGGAGUCUAGCGACCUCCAGGAGCAGAUAGCCGACCUGCUGGCUCAGAUCGCUGAGCUCAAAGCCCAGCUGGCCAAGAAGGAGGAGGAGCUACAGGCUGCUCUGGCCAGGUGGACACCAAACACUGGAUUUUAUUUUAAUUAUUCUUUCCUUGUGAACCGAGUGGCGCAGCAGUGUAAGGCGCUGCAUCUCAGUGCUAGAGGCGUCACUACAGACCCUGGUUCGAUUCCAGGCUGUAUCACAAUCCGGCCGUGAUUGGGAGUCCCAUAGGGCGGCGCACAAUUGGCCCAGCGUCGUCCGGGUUUGGCCGGGGUAGGCCGUCAUUGUAAAUAAGAAUUUGUUCUUAACUGACUUGCCCAGUUAAAUAAAGGUAAAAUAAAUAAAAACUUCAGUUGUUUUAGAGAUCCUCACAUGCUACUGUGAUAAAGCCCACAUUACACUUGUAUAUGACCUCUAAAACACAGCACCAAAUGUAACAGUACCAUCUAUUGAUCUUAGCAUCAGCUCAGAAUACGCCUUCUUUUAUUAGUGAUAUGUUUUAUUAUCUUGAAAUCAUCCACAAACAACGUAUUAACAAUGUAUAAACAACACAUAAACAAUGUUCAUUACCCCCUUUUUCCCCUAGGCUAGAGGACGAGAUGGCCCAGAAGAACAAUGCCCUAAAGAAGAUCCGGGAGCUGGAGGGCCACAUCUCAGACCUUCAGGAGGACCUGGACUCAGAGCGCCAGGCCAGGAACAAGACUGAGAAAGCCAGGAGGGACCUGGGAGAGGAGCUGGAGGCCCUCAAGUCUGAGCUGGAGGAUACACUCGACAGCACCGCUACCCAGCAGGAGCUCCGGUGAGUACAACUACUAGGCAGUGGCUCUGUUCCAAUAUCCACACUGGCAUACCACUUAGUAUGAAGCAAUAUAUUCUUAGUGAAUGCUAGUAUGGAUAUUGGAACAUAGCCAUUUGGUCAUUUGUCUGUAUAUUCAUACAGUCUAGGGUAGUACUUGGUCUAUUCAAUCACUCAUGCAAUUCAUCAACCAUCAUCUAUCCAUCCAUUAUUUCAUCCAUUCAUCCAUCCAUCUAUCCACCCACUCACUCACCCACCCAUCCAUCCAUCCAUCCACCCUCUCAUCUCUCUGCAGGGCGAAGAGAGAACAGGAGGUGACCCUGUUGAAGAAGGCCAUGGAUGAGGAGGGUCGGACCCAUGAGGCCCAGGUGCAGGAGAUGAGACAGAAACACACCCAGGCUGUAGAGGAGCUCACAGAGCAGCUGGAGCAGUCCAAACGGGUAAGGAAAUGUAGCUAUACUACUAGGCCUGGUCAAGUGCCCAAAGUUCUUUCUCUGAUUGUAUAGCAUCAUCACUGGCCAGAUUUAACAUGACUCUAACUGACUACAUUUUGAAGCAUAUGAUAACUUCAUGUGUGCAUGAAUCCAUCUUCUACAGAACAUGAUACAUUUUACCGUUCUAUUAUGGCAGCUCUAUGUAUUAGGAUACGGAAAAAUCUAUAUGUAGUAGAUGCUGAGUAGGCAAAUAUAUAUUAUACUUCCAUUGACUGGUUGAAUCCCCUUCGUCUCUGUGUCCCCCAGGUGAAGUCGAACCUGGACAAGGCCAAGCAGGCCUUGGAGAAGGAGACGUCGGAGCUGACGGUGGAGGUGCGCUCCCUGACCACGGCCAAACAGGACGUGGAGAACAAGAAGAGGAAGGUCGAAGGUCAGCUGAACGACCUGCAGGCGCGCUUCACCGACAGCGAGAAGCAGAAGGGAGAGCUGGGAGAGCGCUGUUCCAAGAUCACUGUGAGUGACAAUGAUGAGGAGUCGCACAAUGAUGACAUCAUUACACAGAGCCCAUAUGGUCAUAAUUCAUUAAAAAUGUGGACCUGCUGGCACACCCAUAGACCCACGCAGGGCCCUUAUUCUUUGUAGAAUGAUAGAAUGAUAUUAGUUAUGUAGAAUGACGCACAAUGAAAUAGAUGAAUGGAUGAAAUAGUCUAUAGAUAUAGAAGACACGUUUCACUAAAGCUAGAAGAGAUGCUGACUAAUAUCUCUUUCUCUACACAGAUUGAACUAGAGAGUGCCACCAACCUCCUGAAUGAAGCCGAGGGGAAGAACAUCAAGCUGAGCAAAGAUGUCUCCACCCUCAGCGCCCAAGUCCAAGACACACAGGUACAAACACACAACACAUCCUAUUUAUUCUGUACUGCGUAUUCAAGAAAGGAUGCUAGCUAACAUUUUAUUUUCAGUGAGACAUUAGCAACGGGACUCACUGUAACUGCUCUGUGUUGUUUAAUGAUGGUUUAUGAUAUCCUGUAUGUAACACUUGUUGCUCAUUGGUUGGCGUUUGAUACUGAACUUUGACCGUUGACUUUGUCUCUGCCUUCCUCAGGAGCUGCUGGCUGAGGAGACCCGUCAGAAGCUGCAAUUCUCCACGAAGCUGCGUCAGAUGGAGGACGACCGCAACAGUCUGCAGGAACAGCUGGAGGAGGAGGUGGAGGCCAAGAGGAACGUGGAGAGACACGUGUCCACCCUCAACAUACAGGUCAGAGUUCACACACAGUCAGACACUGGAGUAAAAUGGUAAAACCUCAGUGAGAUGGAUACUGCAUGUCAAGAGAUCCAUCUUGUUACCAUUUCAAGUGGACAUUUCCUGUGCCUUAUGUUCCCAAAACAAGAGAUUGUAGUAGUCAUUCAGAGUUAGCGUAUUGGGACAGUCAAAUACAGCAUCCACUUAAGAUGAAGACUAGCUGGAAAUGAGAAGGUGUUCUCAGUCAACUAACCUGGUAAAAUAACAGUUUAACAAAGAAUAAAAACAUGAAGAAAGGACGUUGAUACACUUGUUUACACAAUUUUCCUUGUGUCACCAGCUGUCAGACUCCAAGAAGAAGCUAGAAGAAAUGGCCGGCAACAAUGAGCUCCUGGAGGAGAGCAAAAAGCGUCUUCAGAGAGACCUGGAAGCGUCCAACACCCAGUUCGAGGAGAAGGCCUCGGCCUACGACAAGCUGGAGAAGACCAAGAACCGUCUGCAGCAGGAGCUGGAGGACAUCCUCAUGGACCUGGACAACCAGAGGACCAUCGUCUCCAACCUGGAGAAGAAGCAGAAGAAGUUCGACCAGGUCAGUCAACCAACUGCAAAACUGGUUGACUUAACAUUAUAAUGAUGGAAAUGACACAAUACCAACCAGUUUUGCCUGCUGGGUACAACAGACAUAUCAAAAUGGCUGACACUAGUCAAAACAAUUGUGACGCAUGUUAUGUUAAAGAUAAACAGGGUGUAGGAGAAUGUAAAUAAGGAGAAAUUGUUUACUUAAAUCAUGCAUUAAAAAAAGACUCUUUAACUACUUUUUCUUCUCUUGAAAGUCAUAUGAGCUUACCUUCUCCACUUCACUCUUUCUUCCAGAUGUUGGCCGAGGAGAAGACCAUCUCCAGUAAGUACGCUGACGAGAGGGACCGUGCUGAGGCAGAGGCCAGGGAGAAGGAGACCAAGGCUCUGUCUCUGGCCCGUGCUCUGGAGGAGGCCCAGGACAGCCGGGAGGAGCUUGAGAGAGCCAACAAGGCCCUGAGGACUGAGAUGGAAGACCUGGUCAGCUCUAAGGACGACGUGGGCAAGAGUGUGAGUGUGGACAAUCAACUUCUCUGGAAUCUAUGGCCCAGUUUCCCGGAUACCGAUUAAGCCUAGUCCUGGACUAAAAUGAUCUUUCAAUGGAGUCUCUUUCCAUGGAGAUUGAGCAUGAUUUUUAAUCCAGGACUAGGUUUAAUCACUAUUUUUAAAAUGGCAAUGUUCUAAAACCACCAAUAGGUGGCAGGCAUGUCCACAACUUUUUCUCACCCACCCACCCCUCCAUCCCCUCCAUCCCAUCCAUCCCAUCCAUCCUAUCCAUCCUAUCCAUCCUAUCCAUCCUAUCCGUAGGUCCAUGAGCUGGAGAAGGGGAAGCGUGGGCUGGAGGCCCAGGUGGAGGAGAUGAAGACCCAGCUGGAGGAGCUGGAGGACGAGCUGCAGGCUGCAGAGGAUGCCAAGCUGCGUCUGGAGGUCAACAUGCAGGCCCUGAAGGCCCAGUUCGACAGGGACCUGGUGGGACGUGACGAGAUGGGAGAGGAGAAGAAGAGACAGCUCAUAAAGCAGGUAGGGAAAGAGGAAAAACUGUAAAGAGGAAAAGCCGCCAUUUUGUUACACAGAAAAGGGGUAGGUUCAUGGCUUAACUCUCCAGGAUGUUCAAGCCACUCUUGAGCUAUACAAUAAUGACAUAUUCACAGCAACAAAUGAUGUUGCUGAAUUGAGCUUGUGCUCAGCCUUUGCUUUCUGCAUGUGUGGUCCCCAGGUGCGUGAGUUGGAGACAGAGCUAGAGGACGAGAGGAAGCAGAGAGCCACGGCGGCAGCAGCCAAGAAGAAGCUGGAGGGAGACUUGAAGGACCUGGAGGGACAGAUCGAGAUGUCCAACAAGGGACGCGAUGAAGCCAUCAAACAGCUGCGCAAGAUCCAGGUGAGUGGAAGUGAACGAUGAUACUGUAACACAUGACCUUACAGUGAUACUGUUAUGUUAUGAUUAUGUAGCAUUAUGACAGCCUAUUCCUUAUUUAGUCAUAUGUAGUAAGUCUUAUGUAGACUUAUGUAACUGACAUUCAUGGUGUAAAAUGAAUACAGCUAGUGUGAGAUUUGGCUAUGUCUUUGACAAUACCCCUUAUAAAGCAUUAUGAAAGCCUUAUGAUGCCUUAUAAUGUCAUUAUGUCAUUCCAUCUCCAGGCUCAGAUGAAGGACUUCCAGAGGGAGCUGGAAGAUGCCCAUGCAGCCAGAGAAGAGGUGCUGGGUACGGCCAAGGAGAGCGAGAGGAAGGCCAAGAGUCUGGAGGCUGAGCUCAUGCAGAUUCAGGAGGUAACGUAGCCUGGCUCCCUGUAAAUAGCAUGGCAAAGUGUGAAAUGACACUCUAUUCCCUAUAUAGUGCACUACUUUUGACCAGAGUGCUAUUGUGUGUGUAGGAGCUGGCUGCUGCUGAGAGGGCACGGAAACAAGCAGAGGCCGAGCGGGAUGAGCUCUCCGACGAACUGGCCAGCAACACCUCUGGAAAGUAAGUAGAACAUUUACUAAAUUAGUGUGAUGUUAAUAGCAUUAUAAUGCCUCUUGUAUUUCACAAUUGUUCCUCAGUCAAAUGAGUGGAAUUAAUUGGAAACAGUGAAUUGAACGCAGCAUUAGAUGGUGGUGUGGUGUAGUGAAGCAUUGUGUGAUUGAUUAAUUGAUUGAAUUUAUUUGACAAUUUGUAAAAUUGGGCACUCCAAUUAAGAAAAUCAUCAAGGAUAACACAAUAAAGCUUAACAACUUAUUUCCAUUUGGUCCUUUUGAAGAGGAAAGGGGGAACGGGGAAUGCAACAAGGUUAGGUGGUAAUUGUAAUGGCAACAGACAAUGACAGACAGAAAUUGUUGUUUGUUUCAUAACAUGAGAAAAUUUGUACAAUUUAAUUUCCUAUUAAACAACUAUGGACAGGUACAUCUCCCUUGUCUCACAUACCCUUAAUAUAUACAAGACAAUCAAUCCUUAAUAUAUACAAGACUAUCACCAUAUAAUAAACAACAGGCACCAAAAGGCAGACCAUAUGCUAUCCUGGGUAUUUCCUUCUCAGGCACAUACUAUAAUCUUACCACUCACUUUUUGGACAUGCUACUAUUUAGCCAUUUUUUCAUUGAGAACUUGAAACUACCUAUGGUGGUUAUUAGUUUCAAAUUCUUCAGAAGACUAUUCCAAAGAAUGGCAGCUGAAACAUGUGGUGGUGUAGUGGAGCAUUAAUUGUGUGACUGAAACGUUGUGUGGUGGUAUAGUGAAGCAUUGUGUGACUGACUGUUUCCUGUGUGCUGUUUCCAGGUCAGCCCUGUCUGAUGAGAAGCGUCGUCUGGAGGCUAAGAUCUCCCAGCUGGAGGAGGAGCUGGAGGAAGAGAGCAGCAACAUGGAGAUCCUCAACGACAGACUGAGGAAGAGCACUCAACAGGUUAGACUGGCAGGAUCCAUCCUCCUAAUGGCCUUAAACACACUGUGACCACACCUUAACACACUAGGACCAUACCUUGACCUUUUAUCAACCAUGCUUUGAACACUCAUUGACCACACUUUCAACACUCAUUGACCACCUCUUGGACACACAUUGACCAUACCUUUAACCCUCAGUGACCACAUCUUGACCACUCUUCAAACUCAGGUGGACCAGCUGAAUAACGAGCUGCAGACGGAGCGCACCACCUCCCAGAAGAACGAGAGUGCCCGGCAGCAGAUGGAGAGGCAGAACAAGGACCUAAAGGCCAAGCUGCAGGAGAUGGAGAACCAGGUCAGAGAUAAUAGAUUUACUGAGAUAGGACUGCCGGGGGUUUCUCCCCAUUGAGAAAAUAUUAAGUGUCCCUACUUUCCGGUCUGUCUUAGUGGGCGUGUAGUGUACCGUUGUGCCAAUGUAAUGAAUUGUGGGGUCUCUGUUUUUAUAAUCUCUGAUAAGGUCAAGUCCAAGUUCAAGUCGUCCAUCACCGCCCUGGAGGCCAAGGUGGCUCAGCUGGAGGAGCAGGUGGAGCAGGAGAGCAGGGACAAGCAGGCCGUAGCCAAGGGCCUGCGCCAGAAGGAGAAGAAGCUGAAGGAUCUGAUGAUCCAGGUGGAGGACGAGAGGAAACAGGCCGAGCAGUACAAGGAACAGGUAUACUGUUGUGUCAUGCUGAUGCCAGUCUUAUGUCAUAUGAACACCCUCUUCUUCCUUUCUGCUAAUGGCAGUUAUGACACUCUUAUGAACCCCUCUCCUCCUCUCUCCUCUCCUCCCCAGGCAGAAAAGGGCAACACGCGGAUGAAGCAGCUGAAGCGCCAGCUGGAGGAGUCGGAGGAGGAGUCUCAGCGCAUCACGGCUGCCCGCAGGAAACUGCAGAGGGAGCUGGACGAGGCCACCGAGGCUAAUGAUGCCAUGAGCCGCGAGGUCAACUCCCUCAAGAGCAAACUCAGGUACAGUGUGACCCAUGACCCCAGAGUCAGGGUGGUGUCUUUGGCAAGAGUCCCUGCUCCUGACCCCUAUCCUGUGUACUAUAGUUUCACUGUGCUCAAAUCACUCGAUAGAAAAGGAUGAUCACACCCCAAAUCAAGGCAGGUCCAAUAUAUCACACAGAGUAGUUUCAUAACAACCACACUGAAAUUUCACAAAAUCACCAAUUAGCCAACCACAAUUAAAUAUUCUCCCAAUAGGCAAAGGAGCAUAAGGUACCCUUUUUGGGCUUGCAGAUAACAAGUUGAACACUGUACUACAGUAUAUCUGUUUCCAACACCAUGGUGUGUCCUCUGGAAAUCAAAGCCUUUCUUGAAUCUUUAUUGCAGAGGCAACCCAAUCCCAGAACCCAAGGAGUAACGUAGCAGGUACCUCUGCGUUCAGAAGUUACCCCGUUUAUCACCAUUUCAUUUUAACUUUCCAUAACUUACCCCCAUGCACUCUUGUCCAACUGACUGUGCCAUUUCUCCGCCUGAAAGAGUGAAAUAUGGUUAAUCGGUCAAUAUAUUCAAUAGAGCUCAUCUGAUAGAGCUCAUAGUCUGAAACAGUGCAAGAAAAGUGUAUUGCACUUCCAUUGUGUUCUUUCUACCACUGGUGACCAUAUUUUUCUCCAUGCUUGGUUUAUUUGCCCUAAACCAAACUCAUUUCUCUGUGUCUGUCUAGCCUGGUUCCAGAUCUGUUUUUGCUGUCUUGCCAAAUCCUAUGGUCUCCGAUGACCAUCGGAGUUGACAAUACAGCACAAACAGUUCUGGGACCAGGCUAGCGUCUGUCUAGACAGGAGUCAAAUGAGUUAAAGAUAUAACCGGCCGGCGUGCAGCGUGCCUACUGUUACUAUAACAUCUCACUCAUUCUGCAUUUCAGCGAUGCCAUUUCAUCUUCCUCGUGUUCAACACGAGUGUUUUUUACCCAAGUCUAACAAAACGUAGUAGACAAGUUACAUUCAAUUAUGUAGUUUGAGCUUAAUAGACCAUUGUGGUCCCACUUUAAAUGAAGGACAACUUAUAAAGGCUUUAUAUAGCAUGCAAAAGGCCUCAUAAGAACUACAUAAAGGCUUCAGAAACAUCUAUAAGCGUAUGUCAUACUCUAUAAAUGGUGUAUAAAGGGUGACGUAACAAUUCCCAGUGUAGGGUGAAUUGCCAAAUGUGACAUAACGCACUAUGUAUGUUUAUACACCAUUUAUAGUAUGACAUACGCUCAUAGAUGAUUUGUGAAGUAUUUAUGUAGUGCUUAUGAAGCCUUUAUGUAUGCUAUAGAAAGCCUUUAUAAGUUGUACUUUGUUUAAAGUGGGACCAUUAUUGUAAUAAGAUGUCAAAACUGUAUUAACAGUGACGAUCACAACCUGUCUGGUAGGUAUUGUUAGACAUCCAUUUUAACUUUUGUUAAUCAAAAUGGUGGACAAAGGUAGAGUGAUAUACAGACGCAGACAAUGGGAGCAAAAAGUCUUUCAACAUUGUCCUGAGGUUACCAGGAAACCUAGACUAGUCUUGCCCAUAGCGCUUCUCAUCUGUGUGUGUUUGUGUAUUUGUAUGUGUGUCCUGUGUUUGUGUGUCUUGCAUCGGUGCUGUCUGUCUGUCUGUGUUUCAGGCGCGGGACCGAGCCCUCCUUCAGCAGCGCACCACGCCGUGUCGGAGGAAGCACCCGGAGAGGGGUCAUCGAUGACGCGUCAGAAGAAGACGGGGACUCACAGGGGGACUACAACGGAACCAAGUCUGUUGAGUAGAAGAGGCCAAAACCAUCCAAUCAAAUUCAGUAUUACAAUCAUCCAACCAAUCAGACUCAGUAUUACUGUAUGCACCUGUGCCAAACAGACCCGCUUUACCAAAUAACACACAAGUAACUUCAACCUUACUCUUUCUUUCAUAUUACUUCCAAAUAUGAUUCUCUAUAUCAGUCACAUAUCGACUGCCUUCUCGUUCAGAGCACAUAAGGCUUUUCACAAUUCAAAACAGACAAAAUGGAGGCAUAAGAGACAAAGGCGUAAUAAUGAAUUUAGUUUCAUUUUAGUGCCUGGGAUGUUAGUGUGAUUUGUUGUUCUUUUGCUACACUGUUUUGUACUGCACUGAAUUACUUGUCCCUACGAUACUUCCUUUGCUUAAUGUUGUACCCCUCAAAGGUACGUAGGUUACAUGUUGUUCCUUAUACUCCUUUUGCCUGGAAGGAUAAAUCCAGGUGUUACUAUUCGUCACUUUAAUUAAUUAUAAUUUAUAGGCAUCACAUUGUAUUUCUAGAUUUAUACAUCUAGCGGUCAUGUAAAUCUAUAAUUCUAUUUCUAUGAGGACAUUAUGACAUGCCCCUUCUUCUACACUGCUGUUAACUUUUUAGAUUGUUAUAGAAGAAGGUCAAUGCAGGCAGAUUGUAUACUAUGGUAAAUGGUAUACCCACCCAGCUAAAAAAUAACUGAUGUAGUCCAAAUGUAUUUUGUUUGUAUUCAGAAUAGCUGCCCCAAUAUUGGUGCACGGUUGCAACCAUAGCAACUGUUCUGUUUUGUCUGUGGUAAGGACAGUGAAUCGACCAUAUAUAUUUCAUACUUUGGAAUAUUUUUCUGACUGUCAAGUAUGGACAGCAGAACACCUUUCUACUUUUAUAAACAAAACCAAAGUCACCCCUUUUUCCUAUCAGACUUUUCUUGUUCCUAAAUUCUAAUAUAAAAUGAUAUAUAUAUAUUAGUAUCAACAAGACAGAUACAUUUUAGGUUGGUGUACCUCGCCAUUGACAUCUUGUUAGAAAGUAGAACAUCAUCAGCAGGAAUAGUGUCAUGCCAUCAAGGCCAUUUUGUGUAUGUCCAGAUGCAUAUUCAACAAAAAUAUUUUUUGGUUUUACCCGCCACUGGUCACCUUUACAACAUUUUGUCUUGUUUUUACUCAAUUGACGUUUACAUGCCACUUCUUCAAUCUAUAAAUUGUGGAACCACCUGCACGAGAAAUAAAAGAGUGAAAAAGUAA